UGGUCAUUGGAUUCUCCGGCCUUUUUGAUGUCAUUAUACAAUUGAUGAUCUAAGCUUGCAUAGAUUAUAGAACAAUUCUUAUUACUUUCUGCUUUCUUGUAACCAUUUAGAAAAAAGUAGAGAAUUUUUUAUUCCUUCACCAAAUUGAUGACGGUAAUCCAAAACACUGUAGUAGUGAUGCUUGGGACUCAAUAAAAGGCACUAUAAAUUCUCGUUUCUGCAGGGGAAAGAAAUCAUUGAAUGCUUGAGGUAGAAGUUAUACCAAAUUUUGGGGAGCCAAAAGAACUUUUCUUAGGGUUUGGUCUAUUCAUGACAUAUUCAAGAAAACAAUCGAAGUUCUUAAUGUCAACUUCUUUUCCUUUUCCUGUGUCUGUCGGCUGACCUUAUUCUAAUGUUAAAAAUUAGGUUGCCUACAAGUACAUUUUGCCUUUGAUAGAGCACUAGCAGAUGCCCUCUUAGAUUUGAUAGGAAGUUUCCCCAUGCUCUGUUUUAGAAGCUUCCAACCGAAUGGUGAAAGAUCAUUUCAUCAUCCAUAGUUCUUUUUGCAGUGCCCUAUUGAUAUGGACAUGAAGUCUGACCAAUCAGAAACAGGAUUUUGGUGCAGGCUCCUCUCAAUAGAAUUUAUACGGUAUGUUGUGUCUGAAUAUUGAGGGAAAUUGCUUUGGAUUUUGGCUAAGUUUGCUUGUGGGUAUAUUGGUUAGUGUCUAUAUAACUGUGAUUAAGGGCUUCAAUUCUAACCUAUGCUUAUUAUUAGAAUGGCCUAGUUAGAAGGUCGGUAAAGGGAAAUUCUUCAGCAAGGUGUUAUAGGUCUACAUUCAUUGGCGGGUAAAGUUCCUUCUCUGUGAAGGUCAUUCAAUUCUUUCUCUCUUUUUUUUUCUAUGGAAGAUCAUAGAAUUUGAUUCUAAAUAUAUAAAAAAUAAAUUCAUACAAUUUUUACCAGAAGCUAUGCAUAAUAAGAAAUAAAAUUCCCAACUGCGCAUGCACACCAGUUGGAUUACUCAACCCUGCUAAUUGUAAAAGUUCAAGAGUCUCAACUCUGGGCAGUGGGCAAGAAGGGAUUUCUUUAAUUGGGGUAGCAGGAGUAAUCUGCAGGGCAUAUAUGGUGUUGACAGAGAUUAUAGAACUUGAUAUUUUAAUUCUGUACCAUAAAUGGGCCGUGAAUGUGGAUUAAUGAAUUGCUUGAGUUUGAAAUUUUGUUUGUGGUUGGUCAUAUUCCUCUGCAUGUGUUACUAUUCCAAUGGCGCAGAACGUUACAAUCCAACUGAGAGGACUGCACUGUUAAAUUUGAAAGAUGGUCUUUUCAAUAAUAGUGUAUUGCAGAAGAAUUGGUCCGGGCCACAGUGUUAUUAUAACGUAAGCCAGUGGAUAGGGAUUACAUGUUUUGACGGACGGGUUACAGGGAUUCGGUUAGAAGAGAUGGGGCUUCAAGGAUCCAUUAAAGAGAAUGCACUGCUAAAUCUUACAGAAUUAAAAGACAUUGUUUUUAGGGAAAAUAGAUUCACUGGAUUCCUUCCUAGUCUAUCAACCCUCUUAAAGCUGCAAUUCAUUGAUUUUUCACAUAAUAAACUCACAGGUCCCAUGCCAGAGCACUUUUCUGCAUCAUGGAGGCAGUUAAAACUGCACUAUAACAGUCUGAAUGGCUCGAUUCCUUUAUCUAUAUUGAAUUGCAGUUCGUUGGAGAUAUUUGAAGUCCAGAAUAACAGUCUCUCUGGCACAAUCCCCGCUUUCAAUCAAUCAAAGCUACAAGUCUUCAACGUGUCGAACAACAAUCUGAAAGGGCCAAUACCAAAUACUCCAAUUAUGCAAUCUUUCAAUGGAAGCUCUUUCUUGGGCAACCCUGGCUUGUGUGGGAAACCUCUGAAUAAGUUAUGUCCUAUUGAACCUGCACCUGCUCCAUCGCCUUCUCCAUCUCCUCCAUCUCCAGGUACUGCUAAUGGGGUGCAGGGGAGAAAUCCAGGACACAAAACCAGAGACAUCCUUAUUACUGUAAUUGUGGUGUCAGCCUUUGUAUGUGUAGUACUUUUAGCACUUUUCUUUUACUGCUGUUAUCGAAUGACGAAGGCAAAGAAAGCAGCUUCAAAAGGUUCCCCACAAAUGCAGAAGAAUGUGGAGAUAACAGAAACAUUCCAGUCUAGCUCUUCGGGGAAUGAAGUAGAGCCAAAGAAUAAGGAAAAGAUGGUAUUCACAUCUAGGUUAGAUCCCCCUGGUUUCGACAUCGAUGAUCUGCUCAGGGCAUCUGCAGAGCUACUUGGGAGAGGAAACUUUGGGAGCACAUACAAGGCAGUGCUUGAAACUGGUGAAUCUUUAGUUGUGAAAAGGCUUAAAGAUCUAAAUGUUUUGACAAAGAAGGAUUUUGAUCAGCAGAUGAAGCUCCUUAGUAAACUGCAACACAGUAAUCUGGUCCCCAUUUCAGCCUACUAUUUUGCCAAGGAGGAUAAGCUCGUAGUUUACGACUAUAUGCCUAAUGGAAGCCUAUUUGAUCGUCUGCACGGCGCUCGAGGACCUGGUAGGAUGCCUCUCAACUGGAAAUCUAGGUUCAAAAUUGCUCAAGGGGUAGCUCAAGGGAUGGCCUACCUGCACACCCAAUGCCCACAACAAAAAACCCCUCAUGGUAACCUCAAGUCUUCCAAUGUCUUGCUAGACCAGGACUUAAACCCUGCACUCUCUGACUAUGGCCUUGCACCUCUCCUCAGUCCACAGCUUGCAUCCCUAAGACUCAUGUCAUACAAAGCACCUGAAUAUCUUCACACAAAAAAGGUUUCUCCUAAAUCAGAUGUUUGGUGCUUUGGUAUAUUUCUGUUAGAGCUCCUCACAGGAAAAAUGUACUCUACAAUAGGUUCCCCUGGGGUGGAUCUCCCAGAGUGGGUUAACUCUGUUUAUACAAACAUUAAUUGGAGAAGCGAGGUUUUUGACUUGGAGAUUGUUGGUCACAAGGAAUCAUUGUUGCAGAUGGUAGAAAUGCUAGAUAUUGCUUUGACAUGUGUAGACGAGGUCCCUAACAAGCGGCCAAAGAUGGGUGAGGUGUUGAAACUGAUGGAAGCGAUUAAGGAAAAUAAGGAAGAAGAAGAGGGCUUGGUUACUCAAAGUAGAUUAUCAGUAGGAGAGGCUUCUUCUAGCAGCCAUUCUAUUAGAUCUGUUGCUUCAUCAACAGUGUAGCUCAAAUUUUCUUUAAUUUUAAAUUUAUUUGUUAUGAAAAUGAAAUUACUA